UCUCAAUGUCUUACAAUCAAAUACAGAUAUGCAAUUUAUUAUCGAAGAAUACUCAUGUGCAGCGUAUGUUGUUGAAUAUGUCAAUAAAACUAAUAGGGGUAUAAGUAAUUUACAAAGACAAAUUCAUGAAAUCAUGGAUGAAAACCCUGAGUUUGAUAUAGUAGAAAUAACUAGAAAAAUGAGUGUUAAUAUGCUCAACACCGUUGAAUUAACAAGCCAGGAAGCAGCGUGGUACCUUCUUCGUGAACCUAUGUCUAGAAGUUCAGUCUCCAUAGUUUAUAUUCCCACCGUUUGGCCUAUUGAACGACAGCGUAUUAGACGAACACAAAAAGAAUUAGAUGAAUUAAAUAUCGAUGAAGAUUCAACAAGUAUUUGGAAGGAAAACUGGUUUGAUAAAUACGAGAAGCGGCCACAAGAAAUGGAAGAAUUAUCACUUGCACAAUUCGUUGCUAAUUUUACUAAAAAUUCGCAAGGUGAUUAUAUUCGUCGAAAGCAACAACGCAUCAUUCGUUAUAGGAAUUAUGACAUAGCCUCAGAUAUAAAUGAGUAUAAAAGAGAAAUGGUGACUUUGCAUAUCCCAUUUCGGAAUGAAGAAUUCGAGAUUCUUGAAGAGAUGAAAUUUAUUAGGAUUUACGACGAAAAUGAAAAUCAAAUUCUGGAGCGACGUAAAGAGUUUGAAUCUGACUUAGACAUUAAUAAAACUAUAGAGCUAUGCCGAAAACUAUGUCGCGAAAAUGAAGAAGCAGACGAUGACGAUGAGAUUCAUGAUAUUGCCACUAGAUUUCCAGAAAUUAAUCCAUUCCAAACGCUAUAUGACAAUCCGAAUUCGGAUGUAAACAGUGAUUUACGUCUCGCAACCCUAAAUAAACUUGGUGCCAUUGCAAAACGGAAAGAAAAUUUAAUGCCUAACGACCAAUAUUAUGAGCUGAUGAAAAUGGCAAACCAAAAACAAAAGGAACUUUUGAUGCACGUCAUUUACAAUCUUCAGUUGGAAGAUCCUCCUCCGCUGCAAAUAUUUUUUACAGGACCAGCUGGAUGUAGUAAAACAUUUGUUAUUAAAUUAUUAAUGGAAAUUUAUAAUCGAUAUUCUGAAAGUGAUGGGUUUUGUAAUGCUUAUAUCGCUUGUGCUUCUACUGGUAAAGCUGCUGUGGCUAUCAAUGGGACAACAGUACACACUGCACUGAAGAUAAGUCUUUCAAAGUUGCUUCCUUUAUCAAUUGAAGUAGCCCAACAAUAUAGAUCACUUUUUAAAUAUGUUCGUGUAUUGAUUAUCGAUGAAAUUAGUAUGAUUGGAGCCGAGUUGUUGUCCCAAAUAGAUUCAAGGUUAAAGCAAAUCACCGGUAAUUUUGAAGUCCAUUUUGGUGGAUUAGAUAUAAUUUUGAUUGGUGAUCUACGUCAACUACCGCCAGUUCGUGCUACCCCAAUUUACAAACAAAUAAAACGACAAAUAGCAGGUUUUGCAACAAUAUUAACAAAAAUUGGUAAUGGACAGUUGUUAGAUCAGGAAGAGCUAGAUUUAAUUGAGUCACGGAUUUACUCUGAAGAAGAAGCUGAGAGACUUUGUCCAGACGGUAUACGAUUGUUUUUAAUAAUCAUUCAGUUGCUGAAUACAACAAUAAAAUUUUGAAUUCUAUAGAAGAAAAAGUGAAUUCAGAGGCAACUGAUAUAUAUAUUGGAUGUAGAAAUGUUGAACAGCAAACUUCUAUGCGUCAAAAAUUACAUAAAAUGUCAACUAUUGAUACAGGAGGUUUGCCAUAUCAAAUUACAUUGGUUUUGAACAAACCAUACAUGAUAACAACUAACAUCGAUGUAUCAGAUGGAUUAGCAAAUGGUGCGACGGGAAAAUUAAUUUUCAUUGAAUAUAAUGACAAAGGAGAGAUAGGUCGUUUAUGGCUAGAAUUUCCAGAAUCUCCAAAAAUCGGAGAAAAAUUGAGAAGAAAGGCAGCGGCAUCAAUUCAAAAAAAUAAUCUUCAUCCACUGGCAGUACCAAUAGAUCGCAGAACAUCAUCUAUACCACUAGUACCUAAUAAAACCGUUAUUGUAAAACGUAAUCAUUUCCCAUUAGUCUCUGCAUGUGCAAUGACGAUUCACAAGUCCCAGGGAGCUACUUUUGGUGAGAUUGUAUAUGAAUAUGAUAAAUCACACGUUCAACAACUCCUGUACGUCGCAUUAUCACGAGUUACAUCAAUAAACGGCUUAUAUCUCGUUUCAAAAAAAAA